UUAGUCGUUGUGUUAUUAGUUUGUUGUUUUGGUUUUGUCUACAGUAUCAACUACCAACCACCAAUAAAAACGAAUUAUGCCCAACAAAUAGCACAAUCAAACGGCCGACGUAUGCUGAACAUCCUCAUAUCUGACGCUCACAACCGCUUACGAAUCUACAGACGAAAAUUAAACCAACAUCGAGAAACUGUCACGAAUCACAUCACACAAACAGAUGCCAAAUCCAUUAACGAAACUAUCAAAGAAACAACAAACGCGUAUCGAACAAAACGACACAACGAACUCCAACGAAAACUACAAAAAUCGAGAUCAUUUAAGGAAAUUAACACCGACACGCAUUCAUGGGUCAAGAACAUAUCAAGCAAACCACUCACCGUACAGCAGACUAAAAUUUUAAGCAAAGGCUUAAAUUACAACAUCAAGGACGCCGACAAACUAGACUUCGUUGCCGAUCUAGAAUCAUCACUAAAAUUGACCAACUUAAAUGAUGAAAUCAAAGAAGACAUUCGCCACAAAGUAACAACAAACCUCUGCCUCAAAAGACCAGUCACGCUUAACAACGAAGAACAAAAAGCUAUCAGAAACUUACGAAACGACGAAGACAUAGUCAUACUACCAGCCGACAAAGGACGCAAAACUGUAAUCAUGGACAAAUCAGACUACAUCAACAAAGCGACGACCCUCUUACAAGACACCAACACGUAUGAACCUCUACAAACAGACCCCAACAAAACCACUACCAACCGCAUCAACAAGAAAUUAAAACAACUAAAAGACAAAAAGAAACUUAACGAAACCGUCUACAAAAGAAUCCGACCCAACGACUCCUCCACCGCCAAAUUCUAUGGACUUCCAAAGAUUCACAAAGAAAACAACCCGCUACGACCAAUUGUAUCUCUUCCUGGAUCUCCCACAGCGAUUGUCAUUUUCAUCGAUUUUGAUGGUGCUUGAAAUGCUAAAUGAUUGUCAUCUCGAUAUUAAUAAUUGAAUAUUCCUUAAAGACUUUGAUAUGUUUUAAAGGAAAACCACAGCUUAAGAGCAGAUCGACUGUGUAUGACAAAAAUAUAUAGAACCUAUAUUAAAGAUGUUUUCAUUCUAAAUGUAAUUUUGUCGAAUAAAAAUUCAUAGCAACAAA